AUGUUUACAACUCUUCUUGCGGCCGUGGCUAUUGCUGCCAGUCAUGUUGCACACGCUUCUACCUCUGCAACUCCUAGCCUCCUCCUUUUCUCCAAGACGGCUGGCUAUCGUCAUGCAAGGCAUCUCGUGAGCUCCAUUGCCAAUGAGAAGGGUUGGUCAGUCGCGGCGACAGAAGACUCUGCCAUCUUCACCAACGGGAGCCUGUCCGCCUACAGCACUCUGGUCUUCAUCUCCACGACCGGCAACUACCUGUCAACUAAUGAGUCGGAUGCUCUCAACGAUUUCCUGCUUAACGGUGGCUCUUGGCUAGGCAUUCACGCCGCCGGUGAUUUUGGAGACGAUAUGCCUAACUGGUUCACCAAGCUUGUUGGUGCACAGAAAGAGCGAUAUCCUCCUAAUGGCAACAUUCGCCCAGACAUCGUCACAAUUCUCGACUUUGACCAUCCCUCGACCUCUGGUCUUCCAGAGAGCCACAACCGGACGGACGAGUGGUAUGCAUACAAGACUAAUCCUGCCGAUGAUUCUGCAUACAAAGUUCUCGCAAAGGUGGAAGAGACAUACAUCGACGAGAUCACGCUAUCUCCAGAGCUUCAGCACAUGCCUCCCAUGCACUCUAUUUCGUGGUACUCUAUGUACGAAGGCGUGGCUAGGGCGUUCUACACUGGUAUGGGACACACUAAUGAGUCUUAUUCUGAGGAGUACUUCGUUAAGCAUGUCACUGGAGGGUUGGAGUGGGUCACCGGCACUUCAAAUUAG